UUAUGGGAAGGCUGUUUAUGCAUAACUAUUUUAGCUGAUUUUUUUUCUGUCAAAAAUCGGUAAAAAUGUCCAAAAGGAAGAAGAGUGUUAUGCUUAUCGACUCUGAUAGUGAUGGAAGUGAUAGUGGAGAUGAUCUGGACGAAGGUCUAAGGGCACUUGCUAAGCGAAAAAGAACAAGUUCAGUAUCGGGUUCUCAAACAGAUGGUCACAACACAGCAACACAAGGCUCUGAUUCGGACUCCGAAAGUUCAAACAGCGAUGAAGAUUGGACUGCAAAUGGUAAAAGUUCCAAAAAGAAGAAGUUGAAGCCAACUCCCAAAAAGACAAGUAAAAGAUCAUCAACAAUAAGUUCAUCAGGCAGUGACAAUGAAAGCGAAAAAGUUGUGUCCGAGCCAGAGGAAGGUGAGGUUUCCGACUCGGGAAGUGGCUCGGCUGGUGGAUCUGGCUCCGAAUCGGAAGAAGAGAAGUUCUAUGAUGGCUUUGAUGAAAAUCUCAUCGGUGAUGAAGAGGACAAGGCAAAACUAGAACAGAUGACGGAAAAAGAAAGAGAACAGGAACUCUUCAACAGAAUGGAAAGAAGACAGGUCUUAAAAACAAGGUUUGAAAUUGAACAAAAGUUGAAGAAAGCCAAAAAGGCCCACAAACAUAAAUCAAAAACUGUUACUGAACCCACCACACCCUCAACACGGUCAUUAGUAAGUGUAAGUGAAAGAAGCAAAGAAAGAAGGAAAAAUAUGGAAGACACCAAAAAGGACAAUAAAAAGUUUUCAGCAUUACAGGAUUUGAGAGCAAGAAGGGAAGAGAAGAAAAAUAAAGAGGACAUGAUCAAACAGCAGGAGCAGAAGAAGAAGACGUUGAAGGCUAGUGAUAUUUACAGUGAUGAUGACGACGACGACGAUGAUGCCGACACUGAUGACAAAAGGACGGAUGAGAAGGAGAAUAAAUCAUCAAGAGUUGACGACUCAGACUCUGAUAUCAGUCGACAGUCUUCAUCCGAAUCAGACUCGGACGAUGAACAGACUUAUUCAAGAUCUAAAAAAUCUACUGGUAUCACCACCAAAGAAGACAUCAACAAAUGUCGGAUAUCAAGACACAAGAUUGAAAAAUGGUGUCACAUGCCUUUUUUCAAGAGAACAAUUGUUGGGUGUUAUGUAAGGAUUGGUAUUGGGAACAACAGCGAAGGACGUGCAGUAUACAGGAUUGCGGAGGUUCUGGAUGUUGUUGAAACAGCCAAGAUUUAUCAGCUUGGCAGCACACGAACAAACAAAGGAUUAAAACUCAGGCAUGGAGCUGCAGAACGUGUGUAUAGGUUAGAAUUUGUGUCAAACCAGGAUUUCUCAGAUGCUGAGUUUUACAAGUGGAAAGAGGCCAUGGCACUUGGGGGCAUUCCAAUCCCUACAUUGGAAGACGUACAGAAAAAAGUACAGGAAAUACAGCAGGCUGCAAACUACAGCUUUAAGGAUAAUGAUAUUGAACGGAUUGUAAAGGAAAUAAAAAGGUUUAAAAAGAAUCCACACAACUAUGCCAUGAAGAAAACAGAAUUAUUGAAGCAGAAGGAGACUGCAGAAAUCCAGAAUGAACGUGAGAAAGCAAUUGAACUACAGCAGGAACUGGAUGAAUUGGAGGAAAGAGCUAUCAUCCUGGACAAGCGGAGAACUAACACAAUUAAUUCUAUCAGUUACAUUAAUCAGAGAAACCGAGAGCGUAACAUAGUGGAUGCGGAGAGUGCAGCCAAGGUUGAAGUGGCCGAGAUGAAACUUGCUGAAGCAGAUCCAUUUACAAGGCGACAUUGUCGGCCAACACUUGUUACCAAGACUCGUGACGUAAAUGAGAUUUCUGCGGAAGCCAAAAAAGAGGACCAGAAGAAACCUGAGGAGGCCAUGGACACCACUGAUUCAGGUCCCACACCCGCCAAUGGUUUGCCAAAGGCCAUAGGUGGUGCAGAUACGGACGAUGGGAAAGGUGGAUCUGGGAGAAAAUCAUCUGAUGAUCUUUUUGCUGUUCAUGACUUUGAUAUCAAACUUGAUCUGGAAAUGCCAUCUAGUACACCAUCAGUCACUGUAUUCAGAAGUCCAGUCGUGUCAGGCAGGGAUGGGGCACCGCGGCGGUCACUUAACUUAGAGGACUAUAAGAAAAGACGGGGACUUAUCUAGAACAUCAUUAUCAUCAGCAUUUUUUUUUUUAAAGUUUAGUUAGUAGCUUGCCCAUUCAAAGAAUAGAAGAACAUGUAUGUCGUUAGCCUGGUAAUGGCUUGUUGGUGCAAGAAUUAUAUUUACAUGUUUGUUUUCAGCUUAUAAAAUCAAGUUACAGUGCUUGGUAUUAUGAUUGUGGACUGUACUGUAAAUUUAACUUUCUAACAAAAUUAUGAUAUAUGUUACCUUCUGUUUAGAAGUUUUCUCAAUUAGCGUGAAAAUGCUUCUAUUAGGUAUGAAAAUAAAUUGAACGGAACAGAAUUUUUCUUACACAUUUAUCAGAUUUGACAUGUGGAUUUGUUUUGAUAUGUCAUAUACCACCAUUACAUUCUUGAGUAACUUAUGGCAGUGUUUACCUCAGUUUAUUUAUUGAAUAGGCGAGCUAUCCUGUACUCCGACAGAUCUUGUUUUUGAAUGUUGUAACAUCACAUUAUUUAUGUAAAUAUCUAUGAAAUACUGUGAUGAAAUAAAUGAAUGUACAUUUUA